UCAUCUUUUUUCUAAAUUCCAUUUACACGCACUAAAAACACACUCAAUUACACACACCAAACCCUAAGUAAAUAACUGUUUCUUUUUUAUUUUUUCUCAACAAUGUCUUCAGAAGCUGCAGCAAUCGCCUUUUUCAACCAUUUGAUGUCGAUGCCGUUUUUCAGGGAUGUAGUCGGGGCGGAUUCUGGAUCCGGUCCAUCGGAUCGUCUCUUCAUAAUCAACCCAGUGACGCGAUCGAUGAUUGUGGUGGCAGGUGCGGAUUUUGAAUAUUUUGAUGAGAAAAAAGGUGAACCGCCGGCGAGUAAGGCGGAGAUUGAAGGUUUGAAAACAAUUGAUGUGAAAAGCUGUCAAGAUGUUGAAAGUUUAGGGGGUGAAUGUGUAAUAUGUAUGGAGGAGUAUAAGGUAGGUGACGUGGCGAAGGAGAUGCCAUGUCAGCAUAAGUUUCAUGGUGAGUGUGUUGAUAAGUGGUUGAAGAUCCAUGGCACUUGUCCUGUUUGUAGGUUGAAGGUUGGGAGUGGUGAUGACGUGGAUGAGAAGAGUGAUGACGUGGAUGGGAAUAGUGAUGACGUGGAAAGUGAAAGGGUGGUUCGGAGGGAGAUUUGGUUGGAUUUUAUUUCACCGAGGAGGAGUAAUGAUGAUGAUGGUGAGGGGUCAGAUGAAGAAUAUUGAAGAGUCUAGGGGUGGUUUUAGGAGAGGGUUAGAAUAAUAGGGUAGGUUGUGUAUAAAGAAUUAAAGAUGAGAAAGAUAGCUAUAUGAUGAUGCUAGGGGCUGAAAUUGUUGAUUUUUUUGUUGGUUUUUCAAAUGCAGAAGGUUGAUGAUUUUGGUUAUAAUUUUGAAAUCAAUGAAAGGUUUAAUUUCUGGUUA